CCCAUCCCACCAGCGCUUGCACGGACCGAGACCGGCAAUGGCGAGCUCGGCGCCUCCCUUCCUCUUCCUCCUCCUCCUCGUCCUCGUCGCCGCUGCCGCGGCGGCCUCGGCCUCGGAGGAGCGCCCGCGCGUCACCCCCACCUUGGUCCAGUGCCACCCGCCGCAGGCGCAGGCAACCGCCAACGCCAGCAGCGCCAAGAAAGCCACGGCGUUCCGCGCCAACGCGCUCUCCCUCCUCGCCAAGCUCCCCGCCGCCGCCGCGCCCACGGGCUUCGCCUCCCUGCGCUCCGCCGGAGUGGUCGGACGCGACGUCGCGUUCGUCCGCGGGCUCUGCUUCGGGUACGCCACGCCGUCCCAGUGCCGCUCGUGCCUGGCCGCCGCGGCCAGGAAGCUCACCGACGCCUGCGGCGCCCGCGGCCGGCGCGCCGGCGUAUGGACGGACGCCUGCUUCGCGUCCUACGCCGACGCGAACCCCUCCUCGCCCAACUACGACGGCUUCCGCGCGCGCGUCAUCACCGGCGCCGACGCGCUCAUCACCAGCACCUCCUACGAGCUGCAGAGCCUCGCCGACCUGGCGUGGCGCAUGGGGCCGGUCGCAGCCACCAGCGCGAGGAUGCAGGUGGCCGUGGACUGGACGGCCGCGGCGAGUGACUACAGGAAGAACAGCACGGUGCGCGUGCUGGCGCAGUGCGCGCGACCGCACGGCGGAGGAGUGCGCGUGGUGCGUCCAGUACUCGGCGCGGGUGGCGGAGACCUGCGAGUGGUCCUGGUGCCCCGGGCACUCGGCGCGGGCGGGGGAGACCUGCUGCUGGGGCCUCGACGCGUGGCGCGACGGCGUAGCGGGCGCCGUCGUCGGCUUUGACUGCUACCUGCGCUUCGACGUCGCCGUCGCCACCGCCAUUGCGCCGGCGCGGGUGCCCCUGCUGAAAAGGCUCGGGAAGUUGAUGAACGACCACCCUUUCCUCACCGCGGUGUUCGGGAUAGUCGGCGGCGGGCUGGCCGUGGCAGCUUUCUACGUGCUGAUUGAGGGGAUCUGCCGCUGGCUGGAGAGCAAGAUCAGGCCCAUCAACAACGCCCCAGUUGUGCCAGUAGCAGUUGCAGGUCCAGCGGCCGUCCGGGCGGGAGUGGUGAUGGACUGAUGGUUUGAUUUCAGCAACCGCUCGGCAAUCGAUCUGCACUGCAGCAACAGCAUACUCCAGUAGGCCAAGUCUGUAAAUAGUAAAGCAUGCGUGCACUAAGCAGUAGCAGCAGCAGUACCGACUCUCGACUCUUGAUGCUGCUGAUCUUCGGAAUCCAGACUUAAUUCGUGCUUGCAGAUCUCUUAUAUAUAGAAGAGAAACAUAAGUAUUGAACCUUUAAUCCUCGAUCCACCGUUGAUGCCCGUGUUAUGAUAUAUGGGAGUUAUUCUCAGCUAUGAAGUUAUCAUGAACUUAUUAUAUUUUUUUCAAGAGUACGUC